CCACCGACGUCACCGGGACGGCGCCAACCUGACCUGGUCAGAUUCUCUCCUUCAUCAAUGAUCAUCCGCGGCUGUUCGCCCUCUCUGAGAGCACAUGCACCACAGGACCUGUUCGCCCUUUCGCGGAUUUCAAACUCAGUUGUCGCAAAUCAUCGAAGUACUUCUGCUGGUCUGAAGUGCCUUAACUCUUAAGAACGAGGUCGCACUGUGAGGCUCUAACGGAGCUAUCAAACUCGAACAGACUCAGACUCCUACUGGUGGCCCCUGACCCUUCAGGAUGCUCUUCGCUAGAAAACGAGGCUCGGCCACCUUACUCUCCGGCACCGCGCUUCUCCUAUUCUUGACUUACUUAUACUUGCGGCGAAGUGAUGGCAACGCUGCUGUAUGGACACCACCAAGGCCAGUCGAGGGCUGGCAGUCCCAUGGCAAGCAUAGUUCAUUCUGGCCCGGGGUUCCCGUCCAUUACCCGCCCUCUUCCAUUCGCCCACUGCCCACCGGAACACCCGUUCGGUACCCCCCUGUCCAAGCUACGGCAUUCACUGCAGAGAAACAGUCGCCGGAAGCGAGUGCUCGCCGCAGAGAGCGCCAGCAAGCAGUCAAGGACACCUUCUCCAAGUGCUGGCAUUCCUACAAGAAGUACGUAAUGGGUGCCGACGAACUUGCUCCUGUCACGGGCGGGCACCGGGACCACUUUGGCGGAUGGGCGGCCACGCUGGUCGACUCGCUCGACACGCUGUGGAUCAUGGAUUUGAAGGAGGAGUUCGAGGAAGCCAUCACUGCGGCCAACGAGAUUGACUUCACGCAUACCGAGCUGGGGGAGAUUAACGUCUUCGAGACCACCAUCCGUUACCUCGGUGGCUUCCUCUCGGCCUUCGAUCUGAGCGGCGACGUACGGCUGCUGCGGAAGGCUGUCGAGGUUGGUGACAUGCUGUACAAGGCCUUCGACACACCCAACCGCAUGCCCAUUACGCGCUGGGAAAUCCAUGCCGCGGCCCGGGGCGAGAAGCAGGUCGCGCCCAAUAGCGUUCUGCUCGCCGAGAUCGGCAGCUUGUCGAUGGAGUUCACGCGCCUGUCCAUCCUGACGGGCGACGCAAAGUGGUUCGACGCCGUGCAGCGUAUCACGGACGAGAUGGCCGCGCAGCAGGACUCGACCGCCCUGCCGGGUCUCUGGCCCCUGACGGCGAACGCGGAAGAGAAAAUCUUCAACUCGGGCUCGUUCUUCACCCUAGGUGCCAUGGCCGACUCGACGUACGAGUAUCUGCCCAAGAUGGCGGCUUUGAUGGGCGGUCUUUUGCCAGACUACCAGGCCAUGUACGAGAAGGCGAUCGACACGGCCGCGAAGCACAACUUCUUCCGUCCGCUGACACCAACAAACGAGGAUAUUCUCGUCUCCGGCGAGGUCCACGCUAAGGACGAUGCACCUUACCUGCUUCCUGGGGGCCUGGUGGCACUGGGAGCAAGGCUAUUCAGCCGCGAGAAGGACAUGGAGGCCGCGCAGAAGCUUGUCGAUGGCUGCAUCUGGACGUACAAGGCUCUCCCGCACGGCAUCAUGCCCGAGACCUUCUAUAUGGCUCCAUGCCAGCAGCCAAACGAUCAUGAACACAGCUGCGAGUGGAGCGACGACGCCUGGAAACAGGAAGUCCUCCGCCGAGCCGGAAAGGACGCGAGCGACACAGACGCCGAUGCGAUUAUCCAAGCCGACCGCUUGCCGAAGGGUUUCACAUCCAUCCCGGACCGGCGGUACAUCCUGCGGCCGGAAGCCAUCGAGAGCGUGUUUGUGCUGUACCGCGUCACCGGCCGGGAAGAUCUCCUCGAGUCGGCGUGGGACAUGUUCCGUGCUAUUAAUCGGACGACUAGCACCGAGCUGGCUAACUCGGCGGUGCAUGACGUGACCACCAGGGAGAAGCCCGAAGCGGCAGACUCGAUGGAAUCGUUCUGGAUGGGCGAGACGCUGAAGUAUUUCUAUCUGAUCUUCAGCGAACCCGAGUUGAUCAGCCUGGAUGAGUUUGUUUUCAAUACCGAAGCGCACCCUUUCCGAAGGUUGGUGAGGUGAUCGUUUUGUAGGUUUAGAGUUCAGGGCAGCAUGUCUUGUGAGGAUAUCAUACUUAUGUAAAAUACUAUAAUGGGCUAGAUAUGGGUACGGGGCAAGGAAACAAUGCAUGAGGGCUGAAUGAAUGGUGAAGUUCAAAGCUUCUGUAAAUAUCAUAUCUUACCCACCUCUCCGUUGAGGUCUUCGAAAUUUCGAAUGGUGCAGCCGCUCCCACUAAGGCCUCCUAUCC